CGUUGAGCGCGUGCGGUCCAGCUCGAGUCCUUCACUCUUCGGUUGCCGAGGUCACCGGGAGGAGCGGACGAGCUACCGGGAGAAGGAGCGGAGUCAGCGGGGUAAAGCUCCGGUGGAAUGACGCUGAGCACGAAGCCGUUCCUAAGUCAUGGAUAGAGUGCUGCCAAAAUGACACACGAGACCCUGACAAGCUCCCAGUUGUCCCUCAAGGCCGCCGCUCUGCGCAUGGUUGACCUCCCAGUGUCCGUCUACAGCUCCCUGACACAGGUGAGCAUCAGCACCGGCACCAAGAAGCUGGUGGCUGCCACAACCUUCGGUACCAUCUCACUGCUCCUCCUCGCUCGCCGCUUUCAAAGGAGGAAGGGCAGGAAGAAGGGUCAGUCGCCGCAGUGGCAGCAAGCCGAUCUUGAGUUUGUCGCCUCGGCCGCUGCAGAAAAUGAUAACACCAGUCAGAACAUCAGCGUCUCCUUCAACUCCAACAAUUGCUGCUCAACGGGUUCUGGGCUGGUUCUCACCACAAGAGACUACAGGAAACUAUCCGGGUCUCUGGCGAGUCUGGCCUCGGUAAAAAGUGUGAACUCGUCCAGCAGCAGCACCUGUGCGAACGAAUCCAUCGGCUGGGACGGAGCGAGGGACGCUGACGUGUGCAGCGUGGUCAACUUGUCUGUUACCACGCCAGAGAACCUCUACCUCAUGGGCAUGGAUCUGUUCGAGGAGGCGCUGCAGCGCUGGGAGGAAGCGCUGACGUUCAGGAGCAGACAGGGAGACGAUGACGCCGUCUGCGCCUCGGUCAAAACAGGAGCCGGAGACGCGAUCGCAGAGCAGAGCAUGGAGGACGUCAUCAGCGCGGAGUUCAUCCACAGGCUGAAGUCUCUGCUGCAGCGGGCUUAUCGCCUGCAGGAGGAGUUUGAGGGAGUGUUGGGCAUGUCGGAGCCGUCGUCCCGCAGCAGCAGCAGCAGCCAAGAUCAAAUGGCGGACCUUCUGGCCAGAGACGAGCUGGACGACGUCUGUCUCAGAGACAGCAUCAGCAUCGCUUCCAACGACUCGUUUGUGUCUGCAGCUGAGCUGUCGGAGCACAGAGAUCUGAGGAGCACCUUUCCUCUGGGACAUCAUCCUUUGUACGAGGCGGCGCUGCAGAUGGCCGAGGAGGGCAAGAUCUCCUGCAGGGUGCUUCGAACCGAGAUACUGGAGUGUCUGGGCGACCUGGACUUCCUGGCUAAGCUGCACUGUGUACGGCAGGCGUGUGAGCUCAUCCUGAGCGACAGGGCGACCAGGAUGUUCCUGGCUGACACAGGAAAGAAAAUCUUGUCUUCCAUUAUAGUUAAAGCUCAAAAAAGUCCAAAGCGAUUUGAGGAAGUGUUUGAGGAGCUGAUUUUCUUCCUGGAGCAGUCGGAUCACUGGGAAGACACGGAGCUGGAGCUGGCUUCACGAGGGGUUAGGCAUUUGAACUUCUACGACGUGGUUCUGGACUUCAUCCUGAUGGACUCCUUUGAGGACCUGGAAAACCCUCCCAUCUCCAUCCAGAACGUGAUCAACAACCGCUGGCUCAACAGCUCCUUUAAGGAGACGGCGGUAGCAUCAAGCUGUUGGUCAGUACUGAAGCAGAAGAGACAGCACAUGAAGGUGGCCAACGGCUUCAUCGCACACUUCUACGCUGUGUGUGAGCAGAUCAGCCCCGUCCUGGCCUGGGGCUUCCUGGGCCCAAAGAGCUCCCUGCACGACUUCUGCUGCUUCUUUAAGGACCAGGUGCUCCACUUCCUGAAGGACGUCUUUGACCUGGACAAAGUGCGUUACUCCUCGGUGGAGACCCUGGCAGAGGACAUGCUCCAGCUCCUGCACCGGCGCUCCGAGCUGCUGCUGGCCUACCUGGGAGCCGACGCCCUGCGGCCCCUGGGUGGCUGCAGCACGCUGCAGGUGCAGCUGGUCCCCAGCGCUCUGCUGGAGGCACAAGUCCAGUAAGCAGCCACGCGCGGCGCCCACUUCAUCCAACCAUUGGACCAAAGAACGUUCUCUCUGUGACUUUUUCACACCAUGAAGCGAUAAACAAGUCUUGGUGGCCUCUGUCGUCACACUGCGGGCUCUCUGGAUGUGUCUGCCUUCAUCAUUGCUUCUCCCCAAACUCCUUCCACAGUGCCAUAGCAGUGACAUAUCAUUCUUUAAAAGAAAAAAAGGAUCUUAGCAAUACUCUUUGUAGUUUUAACCUGAGGAUAAUUACUUUGCUUUGUAAAUGAAGACGUAUUUAUUGCAGUUGAAAGCCAGUUGUUUGACACUAAAGGGAAGCGUUGGCUCGUAUUUAUUUUAGUAGAAAGCCUAAAGAUGCAGGGUUGCUUUUGUAGAUGUUGCAGUUUUACUGUAAGAGCUUCGGACGUAUUGUAGGCGUCGCGUUUACUUUCACUUUCAUAUCGUCGUGAACACAAGCAAUGCAAUAAUAUCAGAUGUAUAUGCUGCUUAGCACUACUGUUGCAGGAGAUCUACUUGAAAAAAAAAAAA